AUGUAUGACAACUUCAUUCCUUCUUGGCUGAAUAGUAAUAUCCAGUCGAAGAGCCAGCUUUACCGUGGCAUGUGCAGGAAGGCCUGAGAGCAGGAAAUUCAAUACUUAAACUGCCCAAAUGACCAAAAGUGCUGCCUGAAACUUUCUGUGAAAAUAACCAGUUCUGACAAUGUGAAGGAGAAAACAACUGAUUCCAACCUGUCAGUUACAAACACUUCAAGUCACUCUGAACUCUGA